AUGGCGUCUUUUGCAACCAUCGCCGCCGUACAACCCUCCUCCGCCGUGAAAGGACUCGGAGGAAGCUCUCUCGCCGGAACUAAGCUCUUCAUCAAGCCUUCUCGCCAAAGCUUCAAACCCAAAUCCACAAGAGCUGGUGCUGUGGUGGCUAAGUAUGGAGACAAAAGUGUAUACUUUGAUUUAGAAGAUUUGGGUAACACAACAGGGCAAUGGGAUUUGUAUGGAUCUGAUGCUCCUUCUCCUUACAACCCACUUCAGAGCAAGUUCUUUGAGACAUUUGCUGCUCCUUUCACAAAGAGAGGUUUGCUUCUCAAGUUUCUGAUUCUUGGAGGAGGCUCUUUGCUUACUUACGUCAGUGCUUCCUCUACCGGAGAAGUUCUUCCUAUCAAGAGAGGUCCUCAAGAGAAGCCUAAGCUCGGUCCUCGCGGCAAGCUUUAA